AUGGAGAAGUCUAUCAAGGCCGAGGAAUACCCGGACCACACCGUCACAAGGGAGUUCAGUGAGGAUGGCAAGAUUGAGCAAGGUGUUGGGAGUGGCCUGAAUGACCCCAACCAUGUUGAGCUGCAGCGUGCGCUCAAGGCGAGACACAUUACUAUGAUUGCCAUCGGUGGUGCUAUUGGUACUGGUUUGAUCAUCGGAACGGGUGAAGCUCUUGCAAAGGCUGGCCCCGGUGCAAUUCUCAUUUCUUAUGCUUGGGUCGGAUUCAUCGUUUUCCUGGUUAUGUGCGCUCUUGGAGAGAUGGCAGCUUGGCUGCCAUUGCCCUCUGGUUUCACUGGUUAUGCCGUCCGAUUUGUUGAUCCUGCACUUGGCUUCACCCUCGGUUGGACAUACUGGUUCAAAUACAUCAUUCUAUCACCGAAUCAAAUGACUGCCGGUGCAUUGGUUAUAUCAUACUGGAUACCCACAGAGAAAGUCAACGCCGGAGUAUGGAUUACCAUAUUCUUGGUAAUUGUCGUCGCCAUCAAUUACUUCGGUGUGAAGUUCUUCGGUGAAUUCGAGUUCUGGCUUUCUUCCUUCAAGGUCGUUGUUAUCCUCGGUAUCAUCCUCCUAUCCUUCAUUCUCAUGCUUGGAGGUGGACCGGACCAUGACCGCAAGGGUUUCCGCUACUGGAAGAGCCCAGGUGCUUUCAACAGUUAUAAGAUGGAGGGAGCACCUGGUCGAUUCUUGGCUUUCUGGUCCACGAUGGUCUCCGCUACAUUCGCCUACCUGGGCACUGAACUGGUCGGAGUAACGGUCGGCGAGGCACAGAACCCCCGCAAGACAAUCCCUCGCGCGAUCAAAUUGACCUUCUACCGAAUCCUGGUGUUCUACGUGACCAGCGUGCUCCUGGUUGGCACACUUGUUCCAUACAACUCCCCGAGUCUUCUCUUCGCCCUUUCAGACGGUAACUCGAAGAAGGGCUCGGCCGCAGCUUCGCCCUUCGUGGUCGCCGUCGAGCUCGCCGCCAUCCCAGUCCUGUCCCACAUCCUGAACGCCUGUAUUCUGCUCUUCGUCUUCUCGGCAGCUAACUCCGAUCUGUACAUCGCCACCCGUACCAUCUACGGCCUGGCCCGUGAAGGCAAGGCCCCCAAGAUCUUCGCCCGCACCGAUCGCCGUGGCGUCCCCGUCCCCGCACUGGCUAUCUCAGCCACCAUUGCCUUGCUAGGCUACAUGAACGUCAGCAGCGAUUCCAAGACCGUGUUCAAGUACUUCGUGAACCUGGUCACCAUCUUCGGUCUCCUCACCUGGAUCUCCAUCCUGGUCACCCACAUCUACUUCGUGCGCGCGCGCAAAGCCCAGGGUAUCCCCGAGGAAAGCUUGGCCUAUAAGGCUCCCCUCGGUAUCGCAGGCUCAUACUUCGCUCUGGCAUUCUGCAUCCUCAUCGCUUUCACUAAGAACUUCGAUGUCUUCAUCCACAACCCCAAAACAUACGGAAACUUCGACUACAAGAACUUCAUUACCGCUUACCUCGGUAUUCCUCUAUACCUCAUUAUGAUCUUUGGAUACAAGUUCGCGACCGGCUGCAAGGGCGUUGAUCCCAUGACAGCUGAUCUCUUCACCGGCAAGGACGAGAUUGAUCGCGAGGAGGCGCUGUAUCUCGCCAGAAAGGAGGCCGAGGCAGAGAGGAACAACAACGCUGGCUGGUUCUACCAGAAAUUCGUCUCCUGGCUUUUCUGA